GCUCAAUUAUGAUAUUUUAUGGUCCAAUUUACAUAUUGACUUUUUAAUACAAAAAUUAGUAAAUUAUAUAACAGCCUGCUCGAAUUGUGUUAGAUUGCCCAAAUGUUUUGAAAGAUGAGAAAGAUAACAAAAAAAAACUUCUAUCACUAACCCAUCUAUUGAAUAUUGAAUUAUCUGUUCUCAUUUGAUUAAACAAUUUAUUUGUACAAUUGUUUUUUAGUGUUUUUAUUCCAUUGUUCUAUUUCAAAAUUUUGAUAUGAAUCUUUCCAAUAAAUUGGCAUUGAAUUUGUCUAAAUUUCUCAUUCGAGUGUUUCCAUUUAAUCCGCCGUACACGCACGCAGUUAAAAAAUGUUUUAUAAAUUUUUGGCAAUUUUAUCAUUCGUGAAUUUUGCAAUUGCAAAUUCAAUUCCAGUUCAAAUUUCAAAUAGAAUUAUAGAAGGAAAUGUAACAACUAUAAGUACUGCACCUUAUCAAGUUGUCUUAGAAUAUAAAGGCCAAACUAUUUGUGGUGGAUCACUUAUAACUCCGACAUGUGUUUUGACUGCAGCUCAUUGUUUUAAUGUUAUGUUUCCAUAUAAAAUUUCUAUUCGCGGGGGUAUGAGCAAAUUGUCGGAUAAAAGUAUUAACCAACAAAUGAAACAAAUCUACAAGCACGAGAAUUUUAACGAAAUUACAUAUGACAAUGAUAUUGCCUUUAUUAAACUGAGUGGACAACUUCUCGGAAAAAACAUUAAAACCAUAAAACUUUCAAAUAGCACUGUUAAAGUUGGACAAGAAGUUAGAGUAACCGGGUUUGGUUAUACCGAAGAAGAUGCUCUAGAUGUUUCAGAUCUUUUGAGAGAAGUCAAAGUUAAUGUUGUUAGCAGUGAAGAAUGUCAUAAAGCCUAUGAAGGACAAAAUAACAUCACAGAAGCAAUGAUGUGUGCUAAAGGAAAAGGAAAUCGUAAAGAUGCUUGUACUGGGGAUUCUGGUGGUCCAGUUGUUGUCAAUAAUACACUUGUGGGUGUUGUCUCAUAUGGUAUUGGAUGUGGUCGUCCAGAAUAUCCUGGGGUAUAUGCUAAAGUGAAAUUUUUGCGACCAUUUAUAGACAGAAUUGUCAGCAAAUACUGUUAGAUUUUGAUAAUAAAAAUGAAAUACUCUUAGCCAAAAAAAAUGUUUUUUUUUUUAUAUUGAUUACUUCUUAGUUUUUUUGAUUUU